UUCCUACAUUUUUUUUUUCAUGUCGGACUACUGAUUUGAUUGAAUGCCGCAGGAGGACUCUGUUUGAGCAUGCGCAGUACCCUGUCAGCAUGGAGUUGAGGAAGUUUUGUGCCAGAGGCACCUGAGCGUAAAUUGUCUCUUAUUCAAACCACUACGGGGACGUUUCUACACAUGUGUUGACUGUGGAAGUUGAAAGUGAAAACAGCGAUGAUCUCAUCUACUGAUCUGGAGCAGCUGGCUGAAAUAGAGCUGCAGAAGGAGGAAGAUGAGGAGCAGGGUCGUCAUGGGUACCGUCCGGAUACAGGCCCUCCAGCCCCACGUAGAGUCAGCUUCAGCCAGGACACCUCUCACCCCUACUACGAUGUGGCUCGACACGGGAUCCUACAGGUCACAGGUGAUGAUAACUAUGGCAGGAAGCUAGUGAUCUUCAGUAGCUGCCUGAUGCCCCCCUCCCAUCAGCUCAACCACCACCACCUACUGCAGUAUCUGAUGUAUACCCUGGACCAGUAUGUAGAGAGUGACUAUACGGUAGUGUACUUCCACCAUGGUCUCCGCAGCUGCAACAAGCCCUCGCUACACUGGCUACGAAACGCCUACAGAGAAUUUGACAGGAAGUACAAGAAGAACCUGAAAGCCCUCUAUGUCGUCCAUCCUACUAACUUUAUCAGAAUCAUCUGGAAUAUAUUCCAACCACUCAUCAGGUAUGGUGCCCAGUCAUCUUUCUACAGUAAUAAUCUAGAAUACAGUAUAUUCCAACCACUCAUCAGGUAUGGUGCCCAGUCAUCUUUCUACAGUAAUAAUCUAGAAUACAGUAUAUUCCGACCACUCAUCGGGUAUGGUGCCCAGUCAUCUUUCUACAGUAAUAAUCUAGAAUACAGUAUAUUCCAACCACUCAUCAGGUAUGGUGCCCAGUCAUCUUUCUACAGUAAUAAUCUAGAAUACAGUAUAUUCCAACCACUCAUCAGGUAUGGUGCCCAGUCAUCUUUCUACAGUAAUAAUCUAGAAUACAGUAUAUUCCAACCACUCAUCAGGUAUGGUGCCCAGUCAUCUUUCUACAGUAAUAAUCUAGAAUACAGUAUAUUCCAACCACUCAUCAGGUAUGGUGCCCAGUCAUCUUUCUACAGUAAUAAUCUAGAAUACAGUAUAUUUCUACAGUAAAGAUGCCAUUCAGGCCUGUACUGUACAUGUUUAAGUCUGGUCUCCACAACAUUAUUCAUGACUAUGAAAGACAUUUGGCAUAUUGACUGACCUUUCUAACA